GUGGCUUGUGGACAAUAACACCUGCAUGCUAUGCUAGGGAGAUAGUCUUGUAGGGAAAAUAAGCUGUAGUCACUGAGUCUCUCUUUUAACUUUUUAUUUUGUUAGACCCACAGGAAGAAAUGUUGGUAGACCCUGUGUGCCUGUCCCCCCUCCACAAGGGCAGCAUCUACAUGGCUGGUGCAGGGGCACAGGUAGCCCAUGCUCACAAGGAUGUAUGGCCCCAUCUGAAGGCCAUAUACGAGACUGCUCCUCCUCCUACCCCGCACAACUAUCGACCAGGAGAUUGGGUCUAUGUGCGCAGACACCGCCAAAAGAACCUUGAACCGCGCUGGAAAGGACCAUACAUACUACUCCUAACCACACCGACGGCUGUCAAAGUUGAUGGGAUCGCCACCCGGAUUCAUCACACCCACGUCUGGCUCGCGGACCCCCACACUCAACAGGAGGACUACGUUCCGCAAUGGAAAAUCGACAAAGACGUGGACAAGCCCCUCAAGCUGAAGCUGCGCCGUUCCUGAUAAUUAUCCUAAUGCUCACAACAACUGACAUGAUGUUUGCACGAGGGCUGAAGAGGAAAUGUGACCAGGAGGAGGUUGUGGAGGGCUUUGGCACCAUCCCUUCCUACAGCCUACAGCGGCAAUCACUCCUGGACAUGUCCCUGGUCAAGCUCCAGCUCUGCCACAUGCUAGUGGAGCCCAACCUCUGCCGCUCAGUCCUUAUUGCCAACACAGUCCGUCAGAUCCAGGAGGAGAUGAGCCGGGAUGGUGUGUGGCCUGGGGGGGCACCUCAGAGUACAGGGCGGGCACCACUUGACCGCCUGGUGUCCACGGAGAUCCUGUGUCGCACAGCAAGAGGGUCUGAGGGGGAGUACCCUGGUCCUGAACAAGACAAUGGCCCCUCGCCGGGUCUGGCUUCUGAACUUUCUAUGGUCAGCUCAGUACAGGGUCCAAGGAACCCUCAGAGCAACCUUUGGGAGAUGGACACCCCUCGAGAAAACAGGGGAAGCUUUCAGAAGUCACUGGAUCAGAUAUUUGAGACCCUGGAGAACAAAAACUCCAGCUCCGUGGAGGAGCUUUUCUCAGACGUGGACAGUUCCUACUACGACCUGGACACAGUGCUGACUGGAAUGAUGAGUGGCACCAAGCCCAGCCUCUGCAAUGGACUCGAGAGCUUUGCAGCAGCAGCCCCUCCUCCCACUUCAAGCUGCAAGUCUGACCUGGCUGAGCUAGACCAUGUGGUAGAGAUCCUGGUGGAGACCUGAGAGGAGGCCAGGAGGCCAACAACAAGGCCACGUGCCCCAGAGCGUUUAUCAUAUGUGUACUGUGUGGUCCACAGAGACCUGCAGAGCACUUGGUCUUGUGAAGGAAGCCCUCGCCAACCACAGCCAACGACCUAGCCCUGCUUGACUUGCUGUUGAUUGUGAAAACAUCCUGAACAGAUUGCCACUGGCAAAGGCUGCAGCGUCCAAGCCUGACCUCCUCCCAAGGAGUACAGGACAGAGGCUGUUUCACUAUGAAGUCUUCUCAGCCCUGGGCUGGGUGAAGUCCCAUAGCCCUGGGCCCAUUUUCCCCUUUUGUAUGUGGACUGCAGCAACCAUGGAGGACAGCCUGAACCAUGAGCUGCAUUCUACCUUGUUUAAAUUUAGAUAGGUGAACUUUUUAAAAUUAAGUUUUAUAUGUUUUGGGCAACAUAUUUGUCUUAAGAUAUAUUUUUAAAACUUUUUCUACUUUAUCUCUUUAGAUC